AUGGGAACUUGUUCAAGUACUGGUGAGAGAGGAGAACUCAAGAUCUAAACUCUCGUUAAGAUCCAAUCAGCUGGUAGAUCAUACCUUGCAAGAAAGAAGCUCCAGAGAAUUAAACAAGAUAAGCUUAAGACUAUUUUCAGCGUUGAAAGAGCUAGAACUGAAAGCUAUAUGAGAGGAGAUCCUUUGAGAUAAAAUUUAAAUGCUAAGCCUUUUAUUCUAACUGAAGAAUAGAUAAAUCUUUUGCUCAAUGACGGAACUGAGAGAGUCUAUAUUGAUCUUUUCUAGGAUGUUGAUGCUGGCAAGAAAUACAAAGGCUAAUGGAGCAAGAAAAAUAACUUGAGAGAUGGUCUAGGAGUUCAACUAUGGCCUGAUGGAUCGAAAUAUGAAGGAAUGUGGAAAGCUGGAAAAAGCUGUGGUAUAGGCAGAAUGACUCACGCCAAUGGAGAUAUCUAUCAAGGUGAAUGGAAGGAUGAUAUGGCUAACGGAAUGGGUACAUUUAUUGAUACAAACGGAGCCAGAUAUGUUGGCUAGUGGCUUAAUGAUAUCUAGCAUGGUAAUGGUGAAGAAAGUUGGAACAAUGGAGGCACAAAAUAUGAAGGAGAUUUCUUCAAGGGAAAGAAAAAUGGAAAAGGUAAAUUCACCUGGGAAGAUGGUAGUUUUUAUGAGGGAGACUUUGUCGAUGGUUAAUUUGAAGGUCAUGGGAAAUACUACUUUGCUGACUUGGAUAAGACCUACGAAGGUGAAUUCAGAAUGAGCAACAUGGAAGGAAGAGGAGUAGAGACCUGGAAUGAUGGCAGAAGGUAUGAAGGUGACUUUAAAAAUGGAAAGAAAGAUGGUGAGGGCACAUUCUUAUGGCCAAACGGCAACAAAUAUAUAGGCAGCUGGAGAAAUGACAAGUAGCAUGGAAUAGGAAUUUACUAUAAUGUCAAGGAGGGAUCGAAAAAACAAGGAGAGUGGGUUAACGGCAAAAGACAUGCUUGGAUUAACUGA